AUGCGUGCAGAGACACGACGGGAGCGCGGGACCAGCAUAGCAAGCAGCGGCCGUCUCUCCCGCUGCCGGGAAUCCCAGUCUCUAACAAGAAGCAGAACGCUGACAAAUGAAAAGGAGAUGUGUGUGCUGGCGCAGCGUCCACGGAUUUGGGAUGCUAGCCGCGAGCUGUACGCCCUGGGCGGGCUCCCGGGGGCCAUCAGCCGCGCGCUCCCGGAGGGCGCCUCUGCACACCCGCGGGUGUUGACUGGCGGCUUGGAGACAGUAACACUGUUCACCAAGUGUUUCUUACUUCUUCUGGGCGUGAAGGUGCAGCUCCCGGCGUAUCUGAAGCGGCUCCCUGUCCCCGAGAGCAUCACCGGGUUCGCCCGGCUCACAGUUUCAGAAUGGCUUUGGUCACUGCCUUUCCUCGGUGUACUUGCACUACUUGGCUACCUUGCAAUUCGUCCAUUCCUCCCGAAGAAAAAACAACAGAAGGAUAGCUUGAUUAAUCUUAAAAUACAAAAGGAAAAUCCCAAAGUGGUGAAUGAAAUAAACAUUGAAGAUCUGUGUCUCACUAAAGCAGCUUACUGUAGGUAUUGGCGUUCUAAGACGUUUCCUGCCUGUGAUGGUUCACAUAAUAGAUACAAUGAAUUGACAGGAGAUAAUGUGGGUCCACUAAUACUGAAGAAGAAAGAAGUACAAUAGUAAUGA